UGACCAAUCGCGGGCGUCUCUGGGCUCAUGAGCUCAUUGUUUCGUCCAAAUAUUCGGGUUUUCUCUCAAUUUUACUGAUUUUUACCGUAAUUUUCGACAAAUUUUUAACCGAUUGUAUGUCUUAACCAAAGGAAAAUGGCCGAAGUGUUUCCCUUGGAUAUCAAUGAUGCCGGAGAUGAAGAUAAAUUGUCCAGUGACGACGAAUUUGAGGGUGAGUGUAUCGACGAGCCGAUGGAUAAUGACGAAAGAAUGUAUGGUAACGAUGUCGAAACAGUAGCUAUAUCAGAAGAAAAUGUCAACCCUAAAGAUGAGAAAGUUGGGCCAGAAAGCUUCGAAUUGUUGAAAGUUCUAGGCAAAGGUGGUUAUGGAAAGGUUUUUCAAGUUAGAAAGUGUUCUGGACAUAACAUGAAUAGAGUUUUUGCUAUGAAGGUCUUAAAAAAGGCUGCAAUUAUUAGAAGUCAGAAAGACACAGCUCAUACAAAAGCUGAGCGAAAUAUACUGGAGGAAGUAAAGCAUCCAUUUAUAGUGGACCUGAUCUAUGCAUUCCAGACUGGUGGUAAAUUAUAUCUCAUAUUAGAAUAUUUAAGUGGUGGAGAACUGUUUAUGCAGCUAGAAAGAGAGGGAAUUUUUAUGGAAGAUACUGCAUGUUUCUACUUAUCUGAAAUCUCAAUGGCUUUGGAACAUCUACACAAGAUGGGUAUUAUAUACAGGGAUUUAAAGCCAGAAAAUAUUUUAUUGGAUGCUACUGGGCAUGUAAAGCUCACAGACUUUGGACUAUGCAAAGAGUCUGUUUUUGAGAACAACUUGACACACACCUUUUGUGGCACGAUUGAAUACAUGGCACCAGAAAUCCUGACACGCAGUGGUCACGGCAAGGCAGUAGAUUGGUGGAGCCUUGGAGCAUUAAUGUAUGACAUGCUGACAGGCAGCCCACCAUUUUGUGCCGAGAGUAGAAAGAAAACAAUAGACAAGAUUUUAAAAGGAAGGCUGGUUCUUCCUCCAUACCUUACACCAGAAUCUAAAGACUUUCUCAGAAAGUUGUUGAAGAGACAUCCUCAGUCACGUCUUGGAGGAGGUCAAGAUGAUGCCAAAGCUAUUAAGAGUCAUCCAUUCUUCAGAAACAUCAAAUGGGAUGAUCUUACUUCCAAGAGAGUAGAACCACCCUUCAAACCAUCAAUCACUGGGGAUGAUGAUGUUAGUCAAUUUGAUAGCAAGUUUACCAGACAGACUCCUGUUGACUCUCCUGAUGACUCUAUGCUUAGUGAGAGUGCGAGUAAUAUUUUCCAGGGAUUUACCUAUGUAGCUCCAUCAAUAUUAGAAAAUUUGAAGUUAGAUCAUGCACUGCCCUGGAAAGUAAGGUCUCCCAGAAAGAACACAGGGCCAGGCCCAAUGAGCCCGGCCAAGGUCAAGGGUGCUGGUGCUAGUCAAUUUGGCUUUGAUAGCUCCUGGAAACCGAACCGAGAGGAAAUCACUAAAAGAACACUAAACUUCCCUUCAGCUGAUAAUAUUAAUGAUGUUGUCAUGGCGACGCAUGAUACUAAUGGUACUGGCCCAGACGAGCCGGGAUUAACCAAUCAGAUGCAGUUUUCUUCUUCGUGUGCGGUACCAAACAGAACUUCAAAUAUGCCUAUUUCAAUGACAUGAUAGCUGAUUGAUACCUUUUAUGGAAUAUAUUAACUCUGAUCAUAGGAUAUGAAAUGCUCUGGAGCACUACUUCAAACAAAUGACCUCUAUUUGAUCUGAMACAACAUACUUCUUAUACGUUAUACAGAGUAUUCACGAAUUCUACUGGGUGGUGAAAUACUUUGAAAUUUCUUUAAUUGAUAGCUUAACCUGAACACAUGCAAGAAUAUCUUUUGAAUACAUUGGUAUUUAUUGCUCCGGACUGAUUCUCAAAUGACACGUUYAGUUUGGAUCGCCUUAAUCACAUUCUGAAUGCAUCAAAAUUCUUCCAUCAGCCUAAAAUGAUGAAAUCAUGGCAACAUUUAAAUUCCAUGUACUCAUUAGAGUGCUUCAUACUUGGCUCAUCUAAAGCACUUCCAUGUUAAUGCUGAUCAAAUAAGGUUAAAGGUCUUGCUACAGAUUCUUACUUCUGGUUCAGAACGAGAAUUUGAAAUUUCUGGGUGAUGAUCCACAAAGUCAUCAACCGUCACAUUAUCAAAGCUGUGUUCCAAAACGUGGGACAUUAUUUGGUUGGUACAAAAGGCAACCAAAGCAUGAGUGUCUAAACGGGAUUAUAAGGUGUAACACAAGCUGGUGAGUGAAAGGCAUACUAUACAUGAGGGGUACAAUGAAUGGGUCCAUAUUCCAGUGGUACUCUCCUACAUGGCUAUUUGUUGGAAGAACAAUAUAAUUGAACCAGUCGAGUUCAAGCACCUUGGAUGACAACGAAUCUUUAAGGAAGUCAAGUAAAAUGGGAUUUUUAUUAAUUUUCUUCAUUAGGCAAAGACUAAUCAGGUUUUAAUAGUGAUAAUUUUCCUUAAAUAUAUUAAGUUAUCAUGUACCAAAUUGUUAGCCGAAAUCUUCACAUUUUUGCUAUUUCUCUUCACCAUCCGUCUAAUUUCAUAAAGGCUUGGCAGGAGUGAUGCUCACAGCAUUGGUAUGUUCAAGGAAUGUCAUGUAGCAACAAAGCUAUGAAUUAAAGAAAGUUACUCAAUUCUGUCCAGCGGUAUACCAAAUUAAUCAAAUUUCAGUGGCUGAGAACUUCAUGCCAUUGCCAGCAACAUUCCAGGUAAAACGUGUUGCGUUCAACAGUCGCAUUGUCUGUCCAGGAUUCUCAGCUUGGAUAUCCAAUAUUUUGAGUGCCUAAGCUUACAAUCAUUACUAUUAAUUACAUUUUCACAGUCCUAGAAGCCAAUCAGCGAACAUCCAUGACUUGAUAUAUCCUUGCUUUAUUUCUUUCACUCCAGAAAAAAAGCGUUUUGUCUCAAAAAUCAAAACUCACGAAAGAAAAAGUCCAAAAAUGUUUUUGGUCAUUGGUUGAAAAUAAUUUGGUUUUGAAGAGAGAAUAGGAAAUUUGGAUUUUGAAAAAAACAAAAAAACAUUGCGCGAAUAGAUUCGGAAUCGACUGAAUUGGUAACGCACUAAACAUAUUGAAUGUCUAAGCUUUUCUUACUUUCUUUUUUUCUAUUCUUUUUCCUUGUGAUGAUAUUUUUUUUACAUGAGAGGACAUAUUUAAGUCAAAUGCAGGAAAUUGUCAAAACCUUUUWAAACGUUUUUCUAACUAUUCAAUGAAAAUUUUGUUGAAAUUGAACGAUAUGCUAACUUUACAAAUAGAUGUUUGUAUAUGCUGAGCCAUUGAACCAGUCAAAACUUUUGACAUUUCCUCAUCGUAUGUCAAACCUCGGAAAUCUUAUUGGUUGUUUCCUUCCAAGUAUGAAAUCUGAUGAACUCCAAUACAAGACCUUUACUUGCAAUUUUUUAGUCUUUUACGCAGCAUAUCCUAGAAAUACUUAAAAAUAUAUAAUUUUUUAAAAUUUUGCUAUCCAUUUUUAAUUGCAAUMCAUUAUUUAUUUUAUUUUAUUUUAUUGAAUUUGCUUUCACUGCGGAGUAGACCUUUUUACAGAUACAGUGGCCAUCUGAAAUUUAAUAUUGUUUUAAUAAGACAUCACUAGAUGCUGAGAGGGCAACUGUCAGGCUGUCUUUAUAUUCAUUACACYUUUCAAAGAGAAGUACAUCUAGAAAGCAAUAAAAUUUGCUGGUAGGCAACUAUUUGAAAAUGUAAUAGACUUGCACAGCUGUGAGGUGUCUUUUUAUUUAACUUUACACUUUUCAGUGAGAAGCACAUCUAAAAUAAUUUUAAUUUUAGUUUUGCUGGUAGUUGCAACGAUAUUAAAAACACCAAGAAUAUUAUUUGAAAACAUGACCCCACCACUCUAUGCUUUGUUUUAUAAAUUUUCUAUCUUUGGCUCUUGGCAUCACAUCAUUCAAGAUGGCUGCGGUAUUAGUAAAAAGUUCUAUUCAUAAAAGGAAACCCAUAAAAGCCUUCAUAAGUCUGAUUUUAUAUCCCUAGAUUAGAAAAGAGAAUAUAUCAGCAGAUUAUUGGGAGAAGGGUAUGAAAGUCUUCGUCUUUCAUGAUUCUUAACUUAAGAAAAUAAUGAUUAUUUCCAAAAGUAUUUGAUAUUUAUCUGAAAUUUUUAGUGUUUUCCAUCUUAUUUGUGCUGGCACAUUGCAUUGAUUAUUCCUUAUAAAUUGAUAUUAAUGGUCAAUGUAAUUUAAAGUAAUUCUUUGGGUUUACAGACGAUUUGGAGCAGAAAACAGUUUAUUGCACUCAAAUGAAUUUCUAUUUAAACCAAUGGAAAUGAACAAAUAGACAAAGAAUUCACAUCAUCCAAUAACARCAACGAUACUAGGACGCUUAAAGUGGUUGGAUUUUUAUAGUUUUCCCCUGUAUUUAAAUCAAAUUUAACAUUAUACUUUUUUACUUAAUUUCUUUGUGUUCUUUUCCUGCUUAAUUGUUGUUUAACUUAGAAGGUCAACAGGUUUAAAAUAACUAAAGAUUUGAAUUUAUUCCAGUAACRGCCGUUUCAUAAUUGGCUUUAUUAUAACGUAUUAACAGCAACGUGAAGUGUGAUGUAAAUUGCGUCAUUAAUACUCAACCACCUGUCAAUCACGAAGCAUUAAAAUAAUUAAGCUAGUUCUCCUUCAAUGCCAUUAAAACAAAGACGUCCUGGGAUAGGUGACAAGGCAGCUUCCCAUCAUCCCCCCAUCUGCUCACUUAAUGCAAAUAUUUUGGCAAGUAUGGUGGCACUGUGUUUACAAACUGAUGACAGAUGUAGCACCAAAGUAAGCAAACGUAUUAUCUAUCUUAUCUUAUCUUACUAUCAAUCACGACUUUUUGAAGUUGACUUGGGUGAAAUAGGACAUUUGCAUGAUGGCAUUAUUUGACUCCCACUUCCAUAAUGCUUGGCAAAUUCUUAUUUUAAUUUGUAUUCSCUUGUGAGAAUAGUAACAAUUAGUGCUAAUUAACUKAAARAAAGAAAGUCUGCAAGGGAGUCUGGUAGUGGAGGUYAAUGAGAGACCAUCAUGCAAACGUCCUAAUGAUAUACAACUAGCAACUGUUAAAGUCAAAACAUGUCAAAAGUCCUUACAAUGUCAUUUUUACUAUUUCUAUGGCCUGAAACCAGAAAUCUAGAUAUAUAUACCAAGCUUACAGACUUUAAUUCCCCCCUCCAGUCAAAACUCCGAUAUUACAGGAAGAGACAUCUAUUAAUAGUAAAGAAUYGCCUUGGUAUUCUAAAAGGAGCAGAGGAACACAAAGACAAGAUAAUUAAACAAGUAUAACAUUCAUUUCAUUCAAAUAUUAGAGAGGGAAAACUAUAAAAAUCAGUUUAGGUGUCUUAGUGUUCUCGAACACAGUAAUAUUGGAAAUUAAUUGAGAGCUGAACUGUAUCCUGCUCACAAAAUCAGAUGAGAAUAUCUGUCUGUAGGUGGGUUUACCUGUGCUUUAGAGAAUUUAAAAUGCUGUAGAAAAUAAUAUUUUUGCUAAAUAUAGUGUAAGAAAUAAAUGCUCUGAUAAAAAAUUA